CUCACAAGCUUAAGCAACUCAUAUCAGUUUAGAUGCUAGUUACCUCUUGUUUCAUGACCAAGUCUGUCUUUCUUGACUCAGUUCCCCUUUUAUAUAACAUUAACGUGCUGUGAUAGUCUGAUGUGUUUAUUUAUAUUUGAAACUCGUUGCAGAAUCCAUAUGAGAUUGGUUUUAGGUUCGAAUUAUCACAAGUCUACUGCAUAGUUUCUGGAGUUAAAAAUCGGCAGAGUGAACUAGUUGUACAAAUUCAUUUCAAUUUCAAUGGAUACAAGGAGUAGUUACAGAUUGACUACUAGUUUCCAUUCGUCAAGUGUGUUACUAAUGUUCUUUUGCCUUCUUUGCCAGUAUUGUCACUCACAGAAUGAGUUUCGAGUAGGAGUAAUCCUCGACAUGGGAUCUUGGAAUCGAAAGAUGGUUCACAGCAGCAUUACAAUGGCAGUUUCUGAGUUUUACAACAUAAAUUCUCAUUACAAAACUAGAAUUGUUCCUAGCACUGCUGACUCAAAGGGAGAUCCACUGCAAGCUCUGGAAGCAGCUCAGGAGCUAGUGGUAAAGAAUGUAGCAGCCAUGAUCGUGGGUGCAGAGAUGUCUCUUGAUGCAAAACUCUUGGCCUUGAUAGGUGACAAAGCUAGAGUUCCCAUCUUUUCUUUGAGUGGGAGUGCAUCUUUUGAUGAAUAUCCUUAUUUUCUUCAACUAUCACAUAGUGAAGCCAUGCAGUUUGAAGCCACAGCAGCCCUUGUAGAAUCAUUUCAUUGGAAGGCCAUCAUUUUCAUAGGUGAAAAUGCAAAUUAUAAGCCAGGGGUCAUUUCUUGUUUGCUUGAAUCCUUCCAAGAGAAAAAUAUCCAGAUCGAUCACAUAAGUUCACUUUCAUCCACAAUUACUGAUGACGGAAUCCUUGCAGAGCUGCAUAAGCUCAUGAGUAUGCAAACAACAAUAUUUGUCUUGCAUAUGACACCUUCUCUUGCAUCUCGUCUUUUCUCAAGUGUGAAAAGCUUAGGAAUGCAGAGUGAAGGAUAUGCUUGGAUUUUGACUGAUACUACGAGGGAUAUCAUGAAUUCUGGGGAACUCAUGCAACCAAUAGAAGGGGCAUUGGCUUUGAAGCCUUAUGUUCCACCAUCAACCAAGCUACGGAAUUUUACUUCAAGAUGGAGGAAAGAAUUACAAGACAAGAAGCCUUAUAUGAAUGUGAACGAGUUAAGUUCUCAUGGGUUGUGGGCAUAUGAUGCCAUCUGGGCACUGGCAAAGGCAGUUGAAGAGGUGAAUAUGCAAAUAAAUCCAAAAUCAACUGAGGAACACAACUCAGCAUCAGACUUUAUACAUGUCGGGGUCUCUCUUAUCCAAAAAAAACUUCUGUAUGAAUUGGUAAAAACAAGAUUCGAGGGCUUAAGCGGUGAGUUUAAAAUCAUAAACAGGACAGUUCCAAUCCUAAAGGCAUUUGAAAUAGUUAAUGUGAUUGAAGAAGGUGAAAAAAGAGUAGGUUUUUGGGCAAAGGGAGUUGGCAUCACCAGAGAAAUAAUGCAUCCAGCCUUAUCUCAUAAUAAUCUGAAGUUAAUAGUCUGGCCAGGAGGGUCCAUAACGGCUCCAAAAGGCGCUUGGCCAAGCAGGAAAAAAUUAAGAGUAGGCGUUCCUAAAAAGAAAGGUUUCACUGAAUUUAUAAACCUGGAAUAUGAUCCUCAGACCAAUACAACAAGAGCCAUGGGGUUUUGUGUAGAUGUAUUUAAAGCUGCCCUUGAGGCUUUACCAUAUGAAGUACCUAUUGAAUACAUCCCAUUUGUAGAUGCAAAUGGAGAACUGAAAGGCACUUAUAAUGAUCUUGUGUAUCAAAUUUAUCUUGAGCAAUAUGAUGCUGUGGUGGGGGAUGUAACAAUCACGAACAACAGAUCACAGUAUGUUGAAUUUACGAUUCCUUACACAGAAAUAGGUGUUGGGACAAUUACAAAAGUAAAAGAGAACGAAGACAUGUGGAUCUUCACAAAGCCAGUUGGUGCAGAUCUCUGUCUCAUAACUGCUGUUUUCUUUAUACUUACUGGAAUUGUCAUUUGGUUUAUAGAGAAACCUAUUAAUAAAGAAUUCCAAGGUUCACUAUCUCAGCAGAUCGGAACAAUCUUCUUUUCAACUCUUUUUUUAAGCAGCAGACAAAAGUUGUCAAGCAAUUUGUCCAGAUUUGUGAUGUUCAUUUGGGUAUUUCUGGUUCUUAUAUUGACUUCAAGUUACACUGCAACAUUGGCUUCAUUGCUGACGGUUCAACAGAUUGGAUUAGCAUCCAGAGGAGCUAAUGUAGGGUAUCAGACUGGUUCCUUUGUUGAAAGAGCUAUCGCUAGUAAUUUAAAUUUUAUGGACUAUUCGCUUCGUCCAUACAGUUCAGCAGAAGAAUAUGCUGAUGCUUUGUCCAAAGGAAGUAAAAAUAGGGGUGUAGAUGGUAUAGUUGAUGAGAUGCCAUAUAUUAAAGCCUUCCUUUCGAAGUAUUCUCCAGAUUAUGCCAUGGUCGAUUCUGCAUCUACCACCAAUGGUUUCAGCUUUGCCUUUAGGAAAGGUUCUCCAUUGGUGCCGGAAAUAUCAAGGGCAAUUGCGAAGCUAAGAGAAGAAGGAACCCUUAGUACACUUGAGAAAAAAUGGUAUAAUAAACCAUCAUCUUUAGUAAACCAGGAGCUACCGCCUAAGCCUCAAGUUCUCAAGGUUGAUAGCUUUGGAGGAUUAUUUGUUAUUGGUGGUGUAUCUUUAGGUUUAGCCCUUUUUGCAAGAAUAUUUUAUAUUAUUCGCGGUAAACUAAAUAUUUACAAUUACAUGUUUCAGACAUUAGCUAGUGGCAAUCUGGCCAUCAUGCUGAGGCAUAUGAUUUCCAGUUCAGAAUUGAAAAAGACGAUGCCUGUGUAAUAGAAUAAGAAAUAUACAUUCUACAUACUGUCUGCAGAUACAGGAGUCCUCUAUACCCGUAUUUGUGAAUUAGGAGUUUUAUAUAUCACAUCAGACUUCUAUGUAAAUUCUUCUUGCAGUCCAUAUAUAUAUAUA